CUUUAGGCUGUGCUACUCUCUCUCGGGUAUCAGUGUGUGGAUGGACACGGGCAGGUCUGCACUCCCUCUGCAGUAAUCAGGGCUAAUCUUGGCACAGGUUGUGGUGUGUUAGUGUUUGAGCUGUAAAUAACACCAGAAACAUUCACUCAACCAUCGGCUUCUACAGACACUCGGACGACUGGAAAUAAAGAAAUGGGGUCUGCAUGGAGACAUUGUUGAGCAGGAAGAGGAGUGCUUGACACUAACACUGACACAAACUCAGGCUUGUACAGCAGCAGAUAGAAUCAUGGCUCUGGUGAUGAUUGGACUCCAGCUCCUGCUUUAUUCCGUCUCAGGUCUCUCACCCAGUGACUUCAAUAACCAGCUUCCUUCACCUACAGUGCUGGCUGCAGUAGAAGACCUGAAAAGAUUCGACCCAUGUUGCCUACAGAGUCUGCCUCCACCCCCUCUGUUCCCACCCCCACCCCACGUGUGGAGAAGGGGUCAGGUGGUUGGAGAAUAUGUGGAGGCUGAAAGAGGAAGAGGAUGUGAUGAAGAAGAUUUGAUACUGCACUGUCUGGCUGGAACUCCUGGACCCGAUGGACCAAUGGGACAGAAAGGCACUCCAGGAGUACAGGGGCCCAACGGAGAUAAGGGAGAUAUGGGCCGACCUGGAUCCAAGGGACGCACUGGCAGGCCUGGUCUUCCUGGAAGACCGGGCUCUGCAGGAUGGCCCGGUCCUGAGGGACCCAAAGGAGAGAAGGGAGACCAUGGACUAAUGGGAGAACCUGGGCUGAGAGGACCAGUGGGAGCCAAGGGCCUGGCUGGAUACAAAGGAGAGAAGGGGUCACAGGGAGAAUUGGGAGUACCAGGGCCAAAGGGAGAUAAGGGUGAAAGCGGGCAUGCUGGCAUGCUGGGUCAGAAGGGUGAAACAGGACCAAAGGGAGAGGCAGGUGUGACAGGGACACGAGGUCUGACAGGACGCCCAGGCAAAAGAGGAAAGCAGGGAUCUGAAGGAGAGACUGGUCGUACAGGACCAAUGGGACCAUCUGGCUCUCUGGGACCCAGUGGACAGCCAGGAGCCCCUGGACUAUCUGCCUCAGUACUGUAUGUAGGGGGACAGAAAGGUGAGAUGGGGACACCAGGUCCUCCUGGGCAAUGUGACUGCAGCUCCUCUGAUGUGAAUGGUCCUGGUAGUGCUUCACUGCAGCGCCGUGACAAAUACACCAGAGUUUCAGCGAUAUUUGUGGUGAACAGUGAGAAGGAACUGAAUGACCUCCACACAGAUAACACACUGGUGUUCUGCAAGGAACAGACAUCUCUCUACUUUAAAGACACGGAUGGUUGGAAACCCAUUCAGCUUCCAUUACACUCGAUAGAGAGGAGGAAGAAGAGAGGAGCAGGGAUGUGUGGGGAUGGAGUGGUGCAGACGCUCAACGGGGAGGAGUGUGACGACGGAAACAAAGUGGUAACAGAUGAGUGUGUGGGCUGCAGAAAGGCUUACUGUGGAGAUGGAUAUUACCACCAUGGUGCUGAAGAAUGUGAUGGAAAGGACUUUGGCUAUCAGACCUGCAAGACAUACAUGCCAGGGACAUUUGGACAGCUCAGAUGCACCGGUUCCUGCAGCAUUGACUCGACCGGCUGCAAGUAUGUCACCUGAGCUCCUGACACGUGUGUGUACACAUGAGGACACAAACAGUUCAGCCUGAAGUUCUCAAAGUGAGAAGCUCUGAUCAGGACACACACUCAGUGUGGAGGUGGUUCAUAAAAAUUAGGACUGUUUUUCUUAUUUCAUUUUUAUUAAUAUAAAUACAUUUAAUGUUAAGUAUUAAUUUGACUCUUGUCUCAUUGUCAUGUGUGUAUGUAUUUAGCUGAACACAGAAGAAAGAAUCUUCCUCUAAACUUUAACUGAUGAACGUGUUCCUCAGCUGAUCACUAAUCAGCAUCACUCUACUGUAUGCAACACAAAGUAAAAUGUGGACUUGGAGCCAACAUGAGACGUCUAUUUUUCUUCAAAGCCUGUUCAUUUUUCAGACACUUAUUCGUGUGCUUUCAUUUUAUACCUCAUUCCAUUUUUAAAAUAAAGUUCUAAAGUGCAAA